AAGACUGCAAAUUAAUGCACUCCGCUUGAAGGCCAGUGGAGGACGACCCAGCCGAAGGAUCAAAAUCCCGAGGAACUCAUCGAAGAUGUAAAAGAUCCCACCCCAUUUCGUGACAUCCACGGACCUAAUAAGUGAUGCUCUCAUCGAACGCAAGAAAGAAGUAGGUUCGACAGAAACAACUUUUGGCCAAACAACAGGCAGUCAUUAAGAUGGCGACUGCGGAUGCUCUUCUGCAACAGGAGUUCGACUGUCCAUUUUGUUGCGAUGAGGUUAAGGCACCGAAAAUUAUGGGGCCGUGCUUACAUAGCGCGUGUCGUACUUGCCUAGAGGAGUAUGUCGCAUCAUUAGGGAGAAGGAAUGCAUUCCUUUGUCCGGUGUGUCAACAGAAAUGCAAGAUCCCACAAAAAGGAAUAGCCGAGUUGAAAAAUGAUUUCAAACUGACUUCAAUUAUAGACCGUUACAAACAAACUAAAGACACAUCGCGUUUCCAAUGCAGCGACUGUGAAAAGGUUGCUGAAUCUCUCUGUGAAAAAUGUGGUGUUUUUCUUUGCUCGGGAUGUACCAAAGAGCAUGACAUUUACACACCAGGUCGCCAUGAGCAUGAGAUCGUGGCUGUUUGCAGUUUGCACGGAGUUGCCCUGUUGUACUAUUGCAAGACAUGCCAGGAUGCCAUCUGCAGCGUUUGUAAGCUGUGUAGCCACAUGGGCGGGGGUCAUAUUGUGAUAUCAUACCGUGAUGCUGUGGAGGACACUGCAGCAAAAGUGCAGGUUGUGUUGGCUAACCUUUACAAGGAAGAAUACGAACUGUCCACGUCUCUAGACGAUGUAGUCAGGAAGACCAAUGGUUUUAAGUUAGAGGCGGGCAAUAGAAAAGGGGCGCUUGCUCGCUUUAACCGUUUUGAGGAGCAAAGUCGCAACCUACAAAGACGUAUCAAUUACCUUAGAAACCAGAAGGCCACUGUGGAUACAAUGUGCAAACAACUGACGACGAAUAUAACAAAGCUUCAAAACGUGGAAAAGGAGAGGAAGAAUGAAGUACUGACAAGAUCUGAAAAGUGUCAGGAUGAUCUCAAACAUAGUCUAAAGUCUCUUCACGACCUCAGUACCAAUAUGACGGAGAAACUACAACUUGUGACAACUAGGAAAGCACCACUUGAUCGUCGAAAUGCCAAGACCCUCAGCACACUUAGACAGGAAGUGACAGAACUCGCAAAGCCAGAGAACGUGACCUUGAUGGAGGAAGUCAAGCAGAUGAUGCAUGAUUUGGAACCAAGCGAUUGUGACAUGGUGGCAGUGACUGAUGAUUUCUCCUCCGUGAAGACAGUACUCGAUUUGUCAUUUCCCGACGAUCGCCCCUGUCGGGUUAUAUUCCGAGUUAAGUCCCUCCCCGACGGCAGGCUGGUCACAUUAGGUAUAUCAAGUCUGUGGACUGUGGUCUUUUCAUCACGCUCUAGGUUAUACGCAGACACGGUGUACAUCCACAAUAAUAACGGAACAGUCGCUAAGACAUUCACAGAAUGUGUAUACCCAGCUACAGACAUGACUGUUUUACCAACAGGAGAUUUAUUGCUGAUCAGGAACGGGGCUCCACUUACACUCCGGUUCUUUGACGUAGACCGCGGUGUAUUUAAUGAGGUCUCGAUUAAAGCUGCCAACGCGCCGAACUUUAACACGAGGUUCUGGUCAGUUGAACUCGACGGCGAUGGAAACACAAUCGUGGAUUUUGGGGUGUCGCCACACCAAUAUCUUUUGAUACAGAAAGCUGAUGGAACUAUUAUUCAAAGCAAAAAUUCGAGUGAAUUUGUCGCACUAGGAUUCAUUGAAAAAUUCACAAACAGGGCAUUUAUUGCUGCUGAUGACAAGCUGGUCAGAUUUCGAGGUCGGGAUUUUGGUUUUUCUGCGGAUCAGUUAUUUGCAUUAUUUUUACUCUGUUGUGCUAGCAUUUAUACUUGGUUUCAUUAGUUUUGACGAACCACCAUCGCCGCCCCCACGCAUUGGCUAAAAUAAAAGGUGGAGUCGUCUUCUCGAAAAUAUUUUAUUUUCUAUAAGGGUCAUCAUGAAUCAUGCGUUGUCAGGGCGACAGAAGUGGACAUUCCUAUAAUUCCGGGUCACCACCAUUGACAGGGGGCUGCACUUUUCGACUAAAUGAUCGAACACAAGCCAAAGUGUAAUCUGCAGACCUGCUGCCAAUAAAAAGUACCAUGUUAAGUAGCAGCUAUGCAAACACAUAAAUAUUGCAAUUUCAAUUGUAUUCCGUCAGGAUGAGGGAAAAAACAGUCCGUCAGAAGUCGGUCAUAAGGAUAGGUUUUGGGCAAAAGAAGUCCGUCAUAACAUGGAUGUGCUAUACAUCCGCGGUCUAAGGAUGGGUUUAUGACGAUAACAGACCGUCAUCACAUGGAUGUGCCAUACAGCUGCGGUCUAAGGAUAGGUUUACGGCGAUAAUAGACCGUCAUCACAUAGAUGUACCAUAUAUCCGCGGUCUAAGGAUAGGUUUACGGCAAAAGCAGUCCGUCAUCACAUAGAUAUAAUGUGCUAUUCAUCCGUAGUCUUAGGAUAGAUUUUACGGCAAAGGCAUACGCAGACCCUCAUCACAUGGAUGUGCUAUACAUCCGUUGUCUGAGGAUAGGUUUACGGCAAAACAGUUCGUCAUAAGGAUAGGUUGCGGGCAGAAACAGCCGAUGACAAAAAUUUGACGGAUAAUAUGUAUAUAUUGGAACCAGUCUCUCUCACAAGGAGAGUCUCAUAUAUUAUCUCAGAAAAAAAGCAAUAACUACAUACACUUAACACACAACUAAGCCACGGCGUCAAAAAUAUGUUUCUGAAGACGAGAAAACACCUGUUUAUACUAGAGCGUUUACCCGAUGAGGUCUAGGCUGCAGCAAACUUGACGCUGCUCUAGUGAAUAGGGCCUUUUCGCAAAGCUCCCGAGACGUCCACGUGAACGCCUAUCACAUUUUUGGACUUUGUUUUCGGGAGAUAGUACAAUAAGAUUAGCGUUCACGUUAGCGUCUCGGGAAUUUGCGAAAACUCCUUAUUAGUGGCAUUCACCAAGUUCACGCUUUUUGUUUGCGACAUUUGAUGGUACUUCGGCUUCCAACCAACCGCGAUAGCGGAUUUUUUGCUGGUUAAGUAGAAUACCCGCUGGGACCGAACGUAGCUUUCCAUCGCCGAGGACAACAGCCACACGUUGAAUCAGGCAUUCAUGCGAUAAACUAUUAUCUUCCGUGUCUGUAUGAAGGUUCUUUUUGUAUUAGAUACUGAUUCGGACUCGUGUUGUGACAACCUAUACGAAGAAUGAUUUGUCAGGACUCGUUGUUCUUUAUUAAUCGUCCGAUAGCGGAAUUACUAGUUUUUUUGCAUGAGAGUUAUGUCGUUGACUAGGUUCAAUCCCCCGCGACCUAAUUGGAUAUGCCCAGCGUGGGUUCCGUAAUUUGUAGUUUGGUUCUAUUUCUUAGUACAUACAUGUGCUAUUUUCAGCUAUAGUCGACUUCAGAAGUAAGUGCCACUGUCUUUUCGUGCAGUGGCCGCUGUGCAAAAACUACUCGACUGAUUUCUUCAAAGUUAAUUUUUUCUUGAAUCUAAUUUUGGGCCCGAAAUGAAAUGUUACACUUCAGUAGAAAUGAUACACUUCAGUAGCAAAAGUUACGAAAUAAUUAGUUUUUAUGUAGUCGUGUACAUUGACGUAGAGCAUUCAUUAAUUUUUUUAUUUUGUUGCAUAUCUUCAAAUGUGCCAAGUUUCAUUCGAAGGGUUGAAGGGCUCAUCGUAUACAUGUAUCGCAUGACGUCUAUUGAGUGUGCCAGAGAUUAGCAGUCUUGAAAUACCUUACCGCCAGGAUAACAUUGCGUGGAGUAAUGUAACGUAUAGCCCCAAUAAAUAACUAUAAGUAUAAAUAUUGUUCAUAUCGUUGGGAAAAAUAUAGGCAAGUCUGGGAAUGGGCUAUUUAUAGAAUGCAUAGAUGCAUUUGGAGACACUCUUGAAAUAUUUAAUAAAUAGAAAAUAUUCGCGAUGAGCUUUACCCCAAAAUCAACGAUCGUUGUGUAAAAGAUGCACGCAAAAAGGCAUUGAAAAAUACCUAAAUAGUACGUUGACUUACAGGAACGGGAAUGAGAACCUCUCUUUUUUUCCCCUGGUCUGUCUGAUUAUAGUUCCAGUUUUGUGAUUGUUGUUUAUUUUCCCUGCAAAUGCCAUAUAGCGCUAAACAUACAAACGUAUUGACCUGGUUUGUAAGUUUGCGUAAUUGUAUAAAUAUUGAAGUAUUUGAAGCCGUGGUUUUUUUUAAUCCCUUCGGUCCUUUUGUCUAGACGUCACUGGAACUUUCAAUACACAAAAAUACUAAUUAUCUCUCGGAAUAAUUAGGCUUGGGCUCAAUAUAUCUUGGAUACGGCAUAUUUUCAAUCACAUGUUUUGACUACGCAAACUUUUUUCUAAAUACACCAAUGUGCAAUGUCUACAUUCACUCUCUAAGCAUUUUUCAUAUCGAAGCGAAACUAGCUCAUAUCCAAACAACGUGUUUGUAUGCAAGCCCUAAUUCAGAAAUCCCAUCCUGAACUUCAAUGCAACACUCGGCAUUAAUGACCAAGCUUAUGUAAGCUCAGAGCAAGUAGUGCAUACGACCUUGGAGGAAUUAUACUUGUCAAGUAUAAUUCCUCCAAGAUACGACAGACCCUGGUAUUCGAGGAUGCGGCAAGGCCAGACGCCGGGCUUAGACCAAAGGAUUUAAUACAUGUGUUUGAGCUUUUGCAGAAACAAAUGCACCCCGAAGUGUUUUUCACAAUUUUCUCGAAGUGAAAAACCCUAAUAGAGAUUUUUCACGAUAACAAUUUGCAUUUUUUUAUUUCACCAAAAAAUCCUUCGGGGUGGAUAUCUAUGUGGGCCGCAAAACCUUAACAGGCAUACACGCCGUUCUUUAUAUUUUUGAAAUUUGUAUCUGAAUUAAAAAAAUUCAAAGUGUGUCAAUACGUAUAUACUGGCUGUUAAUUUCAACAGCGCCAUUGGGUAGACAGAUAUGAAAAUAUUAUAAGAACCAAGUUUCGGCAUCGUAUGCAUAAUGGCGGCACUACGGCAUGUGUGAAACUGCCUUUCUAUUUUCUUGGAUCACCAGUAAUUUCGAACAGCGUAUAAUAACUCUUUAAAUGUUUUCAGAAGAUUAGAAACCUUCUUUUUUAAGGAUUGUCUGUAGGACUCGCGUUGUUCUUUUUAGUUACACUUGUCACUUGUCAGAAACAUGUAUGUCAAUUGGUUUCCGUGAUAUCAUGAAUUGUAUGUAUCCUGCUCUAUGGAAAAUGUCUCCUCGCUUUUAAGUAACACGUUGUACAACUCACAACUUGAAUUCUACGGAUACUCCGGAGUCUAUUCACCGGAAGAAAAAAUAAGGGCGAGAGAUGAGUUUGUGACAUUGUUAGGGAAUAUAUCUUUGAAAGAGUAUGUAAGCUUGGGUUUGCAUAGUUUGCCUUAUCAUGUCACGUUUCGCCUUCACCGCAUCAUGUCAUGUUAUCAAGUCAAAGUCAGAAAUUUUGGAUGAAUUUGAAAGGUUUUUGGGGGCAUUCUGGGAGGUUUUCGCGGUCUCGUGUGCCGAAUUAAUUUACUAGGGUAUAUGAUAACAUAAACGAACAUGCCCGUGACACGUGCAAUGUGACAUGCAGAAUGUGACAUCGUGCAUCUAAUGUAAACCCAAACAAACCAGAAUUCACAGUGAGUGGAAUAAACAUGAAAUAAAAAAAUAUUGAAUUGUGAAUUAUAUCUUAUUUUGACAGCGUUUGCAAUGAGGUCAGAAAUGAGGGUAGACCGUACAGAGUGUUUUCACGGUCAGCCUUGUUAGAGGGCAGAACAACGAUUUGUCAUGCCUGACUUAACUGAAUCAAAUGCUGUCAUGGUCAUUUGGGCUUGCUUUCUUUUGUCCUAUCCUCCAGCAUGGCAGGUGAUGACGUCACGUGAAACCACUCUAUAUAUGCUCAGUAUGAUUGAAAAUGGUUUGGCAGUGAUGUGGUAAUGAUUGUAAAUGCUUGAAGUUGAUGAAGAUUAUCAGUUUGUGAUUAUUGUGAUAUUGGAAAGCUUUUUAAACCGACCUGUAUAAAGACUGAAAGCGUUACUAGUAGUUCAUACAUGCACGACCUACUGAGUAAGUGACUAUAGUCUAAAAGAAGCACUAUAGAUACAUGCGCAUCAUGCCUUACUUACAUGUACCGAUAGACUUUUUGAAGGU